UUCUUUACACCAUCGCUGUGGAAGCUCUGGUUAGAGGCAGUGUUGCCGAUGCGUCACCAUGGCAACGGAGCUAAACAAAGAACUGCCAUGGCAAUGAUGCUGAGCAACAGCGUAAAAAGGGAAGUAACAGAGUGGAAAUCUUCAGGUUCAACUUCCUGUCCACGUCUGAGUCAGUGUUGACUGAAGAAACAAACUUCUGUCGCCGACACAGUGAAGAAGUGACUGAAGUCUUCACCAUGAAAACACUGUCACUCCAACUAAACCAAUACAACGUUGUUGUUGUUGUUGUUGUUGUUGUAUCUAUGACUGGUGCCCUGUCGUUGAUGAUGAUGUCUGUGAUGGACUGCAGGACUGAAGUGUCCGAAAAACAGUAGCUGUCAAAAUGCCUAAUUCUAAACGAUUAAUCAUCGCAAACCGUCUUUAUUUCAGGGGCCGCGAUCGGGCUUGCAAUCAAAUGAUUGACGGUUCGAUUCCCGGCCAUAGCAUGGCUCUAGCGUUUCGAGCAACAGAGUCAAAACAGUGAUGUGUUACCGGAUGUUUAUCUGGUAAUAAUCACCGCACUGUUUGAAGGUUGCUCUUAUUUUGGAGGUGCUUCCACUCGUUUCCGGGGAGAUUGUAUAUGUAUUGACAGCAGCGGUUUGUCAUCAGCAGCAGAAGAACGUGGAUCAGUAGUAACAACAUAAGCUGUGGAACGCUCAAGUUCGCGCUCCUCACUGAGGGAGGAACGGAAGAAUCUGCUCCACAAACUUAUUCCUCCUGGACCUGGAACUAGACCUGGACCUGGACUUGGACUUGGACUUGGAUUUGGUGUUUAACUCUUGUGGUCUGCUCAGCUGACUCUCCUGUGUUUUUCUCUCUGCUCCUCCACACUCCUCCUGGAUUUCUUCUUGACUCCUCCACACUCCUUUUGUCUGGUCUUGGACACCCCCAGACUUCUCCUAGAUUCUCCGGUCUUUUGCUGGACUCCUGCUGGACUCCUGCUGGACUCCUGCUGGUCAUGUCUGGAUCCCUGUGUAAAACUUUGUACUCCUUCAGUUCAGAACAGCAUGAGCAGGGUCUGAGUUUCCAGGCCGGGGACCUGAUCCGGGUUCUACAGGCGCUGCCUGGAGGAUGGUGGGAGGGAGAGACUGAGGACGGAACCAGAGGCUGGUUCCCCUCCAGCUACGUGCAAGUCCUGGAGAGGGCGGCGUCACUGAGUCAACUUCCAGUGGAGGACCACAGCGACCCUCUGCCUCCUCACUGGAGAUGCUACCUGUCUCCACAAGGGCAGCGCUAUUAUGUCAACACCACAAAUAAUGAGACCACCUGGGAGAGACCGUCCAGCAGACCUGGGAGUCCAAAAGUCUUAAUACGACACAAGAGCUCUUUACCAGCAGUGAAUGGGUUUCACUCAGCUGUCGGUUCUUCACAACAUUUGGAACCUCCAAACAAGAGUCCAGUCAGAAGGAGCAGCUCAGAACCACAGACUCCUGGAUCAGUGUCACUUACCAGCAGCACUGUGACGAUCAACAGUGUGACGUUUCCAUCGCCGUCUUCUGUGUGUGAACAGCAGCUCCUGAAACCAGACGAGUGGAGUUACUGUGACUAUUUCUGGAGUGACAGAAAAGAUCCUCAGGGGAACGUCAGUCUCACAGGCUUCGAGGUUCUGCUGCACAAACAGCUGAAGGGGAAACAGAUGCAGAAGGAAAUGGCAGACUUCAUCAGAGAACGGAUAAAGAUUGAAGAAGAAUACGCCAAGAAUCUGUCCAAACUGUCCCACAACCAGCUGGCUGCACAGGAGGACGGGACACUGGGUGAAGCCUGGGCUCAGCUGAAGAAGAGUUUGACUGAUGAAGCUGAAGUCCAUCUGAAGUUCUCCUCAAAGCUCCAGAGUGAAGUGGAGAAACCCCUGUUGGCCUUCAGAGAGAACUUCAAGAAGGACAUGAAGAGGUUUGACCAUCACAUCUCAGAUCUACGGAAGCAGCUGGUGGGACGUUGUGCUGCAGUGGAGAAGGCUCGUAAAGCUUUGUCAGAACGUCAGAAGGAGCUGGAGCUGAAGACUCAGCAGAUGGAGAUAAAACUCAGCACCAAGACAGAAGAAGACAUCAAGAAGGCCCGCAGGAAGUCCACGCAGGCAGGGGACGAGCUGGUGCGCUGUGUGGAUCUUUAUAACCAGUGCCAGUCCAAGUGGUUUGAGGAGAUGGUCACCACCAGCCUGGAGCUGGAGCGCCUAGAGGUGGAGCGGGUGGAGAUGAUCAGACAGCACCUGUGUCAGUACACCACCCUGAGACAUGAGACGGACAUGUUCAACCAGAGUACGGUAGAACCUGUGGACCAGCUCCUGCAGAAUGUGGACCCAAACAAAGACCGGGAACUGUGGGUGAGAGAGAACAAGACUGGAGACAUUAGACCAGCUGACAUGGACAUCUGAUCUACAACUAGAACUCUGACGGACGUGGUCUGGACCAUAAAGGAACCUGGAGGAGAUAAGAUCUCCACAGACCGUACUCAGUGGGCUUCAGCAGUGUCUCACCUCCUGGAUCAUCAUUGCUGUGAUGAUAUCACUGUUCUGGAGGAAUGCAGCUGAAGUUUGAGGAGGUGGUCUCCUAUGUGAGCUGAUGGAGCAGCAGCUGGACUUCUGAGAAGAUCUAAUGAGCUAAUAUUGAUCUACUUCCUGUUUGUGGAUUUAGUUUUUUUGCAGGUUUUUUAAAAAACAAAUCUGCCGCUGAAAACCAAACGAGCAACAAAAACUUUCUGAUCAAUAAAUACGAUUUAACUGUGUAAAAAAAUUGCUUUGAUUUUCGCUCAGACUGACGUCAGCUUCACUUAAGAAAAAAUAAUAAUAAUAAAUAAAAAAACCCGACCUAUUCAA